UGUUUUUCUUUUUUUCUUCUUUUCUUUCCCCAUCUCUCUCUCUGUCCUCCUUCACCUUUUUGUUCUAUAAAUUAGCCCUUCAAUUACCUACAUUACUUCCUCUUCUCCUCUGUUCCUCUCCAACCCCAUACACUCUCUUCUCCUCCUCCUCCUUAAAUCUUAGCCUUUGUAGUGUUGUCUUGGCUUUUGGUACUAAUAACCCAUUUGGUUAUUAUCCUUUACUUUUUUUAGAAGGAAUUCGAGGUUCUAUUGUCUUCAAAGCUUCUUCCUUUGAAUCUUGAUGCUGAACAUCUCUAGUUUCAUUCAUGUUUAACAUUCAUGUCUCCAGUUCUCAGUGAAAUCCUUCGUUCCGGGUUUAUGAUAAAUUCCUCCCACAGGCGCACGACCCACUUAGUUCAAUCUUUCUCUGUUGUCUUCCUCUACUGGUUCUAUGUUUUUUCAGAAAUCUCCUCCCAUCAUUGCACUUUUAUAUUUUAAGAUUAUAUAACCUAGUAGUAAUAAUAAUAACAAUAAUUAUCUCUAUAUAUUAGCUCGGGUCUUGCGUCUUAAUUAGGAUUUUCAAAGUUCCAACCUAUUUUGAUCUCUGAUUUGGAAGUUUUAAAUAAUAUUUCUUUGGUGUAAAUAUAAUCAUCGAUCUCAUCUCAUGGCCUCACCACCUAGUGGAAACUCCUUCACAUCCACUACUAUGUCUGGCUCUGAGGAAAAUUUGCAGCUUCUGAUGGAUCAAAGGAAAAGGAAGAGAAAGGAAUCGAAUCGUGAAUCAGCAAAAAGAUCUCGGAUGCGAAAGCAGAAGCACUUUGAUGAUCUCAAUACCCAAGUGGACCUGCUCAGAAAGGAAAACAGUGAAAUCCUCACAAGUGUUAACAUCACCACCCAGCACUGUAUUGGGGUUGAGGCAGAGAAUUGCAUUCUGAGGACCCAAAUGGCUGAACUUAGCCAAAGGUUACAAUCACUUAAUGAUAUCAUCAACCUCAUCAAAACCACAACAACAACAACCACUGCUGGGUUCUCCGGAAUGGAUUGUUAUCCAACAAGUGCUGAUAAUUUCAUGAACCCCAUGAACAUGCUCUACCUUAACCAACCAAUUAUGGCAUCUGCUGACAUGUUUCAGUGGUGAAUUAUUGUGGGGAAGUAAAAAAAUAUUUAAGUCCAUGCUUGUUUGUACUAGUGUCAUGGUGGUGGAAUGAAUAAUUGAGAGCGAGGGUAAAUAUUAGCACCUAGCUAGCUAGGGUGAGGCAUUAAUAUAUUUAUUAAGAUAUUAUAGAUUAGCUGAACUUGCAAUAUGCUUUUAUGGGAAAUGACAAAGUGGUAUGGUUCUGUACUUCUGUUUGUUAGGUGACUGAAUAGUGUGGUACUACUCUCACCUUUGUCCACUUAUUUGAAAAAUGGAUGUCGGUGUGAGUGCUUUCUUUGCUUUUUGAUAUAUUAAUAUAUAUAUAUAUAUAUAUAUAUAUAUAUAUAUGUUAUGGGUGUGCUUUUA